UCUCUUUCUAUAUCUCUCUCAUCAUAGCCAAACAGAGACAUAGACAGGGUCUUUACAACUGCCACCCAUUAACAGAGAAGUCACAACCCUUUUAGUUUUUUUAUUUGUACCCUUUUCGAUUUUUUGCUUUGUCUCUUUUUUUAAUUAGGCUUUAAGAGCUUCUUAAUUUUGGAUAUUAGUAUUUUUUUUUAGUUCAUCUCUUUCAGCCAAGUUUUCGUUGUAAAGAAAUCAUUUUUAGAGAAAGAGGUUAAGCGGCUAAAUUUGCUGGUUCUUCUACUGGGGAGAAGCGGAGAUCGAGGAAGGAGUACCUAUUCAAGCAGGAGGGAGACUUACAGUCUUGCGCACUUCGCCACCGAUUUUUGGGCAAUUUGGGUGGUGUUUUUGGUCAUUUGGUGAAAGCUGAUCUAGUUUAGUGUGGGGUUCUUAGAUUGGUUGAAUUUGAUUCGAAAUAUCUGGGAAAGGAUUCGAGAGAACAAAAAAUGUGGUGGAUGAUGGGUGAAAAUGGUGGGCAUUACUGCUCCAAGAAGACUGAUGAUAUAUGCGGUGACGUUUGCGGCCAGGAUUCAGGCCGAGUUUUGAGCAUGUCGAGAAUCCGCUGUAUCCUCCGCGGCAUCGAUUUAAAGACAUAUUUAUUUCUAUUCAUUCUCGUGCCAACAUGUGUCUAUGGUAUAUAUGUGCAUGGUCAGAAGAUCUCUUACUUCAUGCGGCCACUAUGGGAAAAGCCUCCUAAAAGCUUCAAUGAAAUCCCACAUUAUUAUCAUGAGAAUGUGUCAAUGGAGAAUCUCUGCAAACUCCAUGGUUGGAAGAUUCGUGAGUUCCCUAGACGUGUUUAUGAUGCAGUGUUGUUCAGUAAUGAGCUGGAUAUCCUCACAAUACGGUGGAAAGAAUUAUACCCAUAUGUGACACAGUUCAUUCUUCUUGAAUCUAAUUCAACAUUCACUGGCAGUGAAAAGCUUCUCUAUUUUGCCAAACAUCGAAGUCAGUUCAAAUUUGUCGAGUCCAGAUUGACUUAUGGAACUAUUGGCGGGAGAUUUAGGAAAGGAGAAAAUCCAUUUGUCGAGGAGGCAUACCAACGAGUAGCUCUAGAUCAGCUUAUCAGAGUAGCUGGGAUUUCUGAUGAUGACUUGUUGAUAAUGUCAGAUGUAGAUGAGAUACCAAGCAGGCAUACUAUCAACCUCUUGAGAUGGUGUGAUGAUAUACCUUCAGUUCUUCACCUUCGACUGAAGAAUUAUCUCUACUCUUUUGAGUUUCUUGUGGAUAAUAACAGCUGGAGAGCUUCAGUUCACAGGUAUCAGUCAGGCAAGACGCGGUAUGCACAUUAUCGGCAGGCCAAUGACAUUUUGGCUGAUGCGGGGUGGCACUGCAGCUUUUGCUUCCGCCGGAUAAGUGAGUUUAUAUUCAAGAUGAGAGCUUACAGCCAUUAUGAUAGAGUCAGAUUCAAGCGAUAUUUGAAUCCUGAAAGAGUCCAGAGAAAAAUCUGUGAGGGUGCUGAUUUAUUUGAUAUGCUUCCAGAAGAGUACACGUUCAAGGAAAUCAUCGGUAAAAUGGGACCAAUUCCUCAUUCUUAUUCAGCUGUUCAUCUUCCAUCAUAUCUAUUAGAAAAUUCUGAUAAGUAUAAAUUUCUCUUGCCUGGGAAUUGCAUGAGAGAAAGUGGGUGAUUCUCUUAGAAGCCAUUUAAAAUCUGUUCCUGGAAAGCUUAGGCAGAGCUGCAGCUUUUGCUACUUCUUUUAUGAAGGUCCAAGUGAACGUGUGACGACUCUAACUUGUCACUGGUACAGUUCAAACUAAAUUUGAGACAUGUUUUGAAGAGUUGGGAGAAUUCUUGGAUUUUCUUCUAGGUUCGGUUUAUGUAUAUAGCUUUUGUCUGGAUUUGGGUUUUAUUCAACACACAGCAUAUCCGCCUGAUGCCUGUUGCUGAACUUGCUGUCAUGGUAACAGCUAAUUCAUCUUUUUCGGUGCUCGUGUGGUUCUUAGCAUCGGUAGAACUUGAUUCUCCAAGUACUCUAAAACAUAGUUUUGAGGGCUGCGGUGAUUCCCUAUAUAGGAAAGUUUUGUUCUGAGACAAUUUAUUCUUACUUACAUGUCAUUAACACCAUCAUUCAUUAUAUUUGAUUGCUAUUUAGAUAUGUUAUUGAUCAGAAUUCUGCUUUUGGCUGUGCCUAGUUAGUGUUCAUGAAUUGAUCCAUUCUUUUUCUUGUUCGAAUGAUUGGAGAGGGAGAAAAUAAAAUGUUUGGUAUGGAUGAGGACAAAGAAUCCAGUAUAGGGGAACAUGCUGCAAGAUUCCGUAUGUCUGUUAUUGCAAUAUUUCAUUCUUUGUUAAAACUGUUAUUUCAUGUCAUCAUUUAGUUUU